AUGAAUUUACCAAUGUACUAUGAUUCAUUGGGCCUCUGCAAUACCUCUGGAAACGAGCCUCAACCUGUAUACAGCCGCAUUCCAUUCAUCGGACAUGCGCUGAGCCUGGUGAGGCAUGGCGUCUCCUUCUACCAAAGACUACAGAUGUCAUCGGGACUGCCAAUUUCCACUAUUUUUCUUGGUCUGCAGAAGGUUUACAUUGUAAAUUCGCCGGAGCUUGUCUCUCAUGUAAGUCGUGCGCCCCAGGCUAUGAACACGGCAUUGCCGUUCCUUGUCGUUGUUAUGGGAAAGCUAUGUGGCAUGGGACAAGACGACCUAGAGACCCUGAUGAAGAACCCAACCGUUCGAGGCUCACCCUGGAGAGACCUUCAGGAAUGUAUCCAUGCUCAUCUAGAUGUUAGAUCUUCGUCCGGAAAGGAGAUCACAACCCGAGUUGCCAAUGAGCUAUGGAAAAGUAUCGAUGAGUGUAGCCAGAGAAAGGGGGCGGUGAAUCUUUUGAACUGGCUACAGGGAGUAUUCCUCCACUCCACAGGGCAUGCUGUGUUCGGCCCAACACAUUGCCUUGCUCAAGAUCCAGCCAUCAAUGACUCACUGUGGACAAUGGCGAAUGGCCUCAAAAGGCUCACCAUGUGGCCGUUUCCGUCAUUUUCAGCGCGGACAGCAACACAGGCCCGCGAAAAGAUCGCAUGCGCUUUGGAGGCAUAUUUCCGUGAUAACGACUUACUUCUGACUGGCCAUUCAGAGCUCGUCAAAAGUCUCAUGCAGUGCAUACACAAACACCGUAUGGGUACUCAGUUCGCUGCCAGAUAUUUCCUGGGCUUAAUCUCUGGAUUUGUUAUCAACACAGUGCCUGCUGCCUUUUGGCUGAUAGGACACAUCUCAGACGACGCGCAACUGAAAGCCAUAAUCAGAGAGGAACUCAAUCAAGUGGUCACGUCCGAUACAUGCGGCACUCUGACUAUCUCCCCCGAAGCUGUAAGAGGUCGAUGCCCUUACCUGAUGUCGACAUGCCUUGAAGUCUUGCGAUUAAUUAGCUCUUCAACGAGCACUUUCUUCAUCCAUGAAAAUACCUACCUCAACAACAGGUAUCUUUUGAAGAAAGGAGCAAUCUUGCAAGUGGCAUCUACAGCGAUUCACUCCAACCCUGAUAUAUGGGGUCCGGCAGCGCAAGCCUUCAAACCAGAUCGCUUCAUCAAGCCGGAAAAGGUUCAUCCCUCAGCCAACCGCACAUUUGGGGGAGGUAUUACUCUCUGCCCUGGCAGGCAGCUUGCGAUGAACGAAUUGAUACUGACAGUCGCCAUGAUAUUCCAUACUUUUGACGUUGAGUUCUCGCCAGAGACACCACGACUGCCAGCACUGAUGGUUACGGACAUGUUGUCCGUGAAGAAGCCUAUGACAGACCUCAAGAUCAGAAUGUCACGCAGGCCUGGAAUGGAACAUGUUUCUUGGGUAUUUCGCGAGUCGUAA